AUGUGCAACGGACAGCGGAAAGAUCUGGAAUGGAAUAGCGCUUCAGUUCGGAUUGUAACAACCAGAGAUGAUUCAUCUUGUAGCUACAUCUGUACAGCGCGGAAUUCUGUCAGCUCCGGGGAUUCUAAACCCAAACACAUUAAUAUACAGUAUGUGCCAAGAGAUUUUAAGAUUUGGAAGAGUGUGAAUGGUGACAGUAAGAGAGACCUAACUGCAGUGAACGAGGGAGAUACUGUGAAUAUUAGCUGUAUCAGUCAGAAGAGUGACCCUGCAGUCUCAGGCUACAGCUGGUACAGCCACUCUCAGAACAAGCGAGUCGACGGAAACAUCCUGCUGUUUGAAAGCAUCAGCAAGCCAGAGAGUGGAGAUUAUCAGUGCGAGGCAAGAAACAACAUUGGGGCAGGGAACUCAGAGACCAUUACCAUCAGGGUCCAGUAUGCGCCGACCAGUGUCCAAAUCACACACCCACAGAUAGUUCGUGCUGGGGAUGUGGUGCAGCUCCGCUGUGUAUCUGAUGGCCAUCCGCCUGUACGUUUCUUUCGCUGGCAGAAGGAGUGUCCAUCCGACUCGAUGUCUCUCUGCCCCGGUCUCUCUCAAUGUUCGGUCUCCGCUGCAGUGGAAGAUGCUGCUUGUAACUAUAUCUGUUCUGCGAGGAACUCCGUGGGAGUAAAGGACUCCGAUCCUGUACGACUGAAUAUCCAGUAUGCGCCGACCAGUGUCCAAAUCACACACCCACAGAUAGUUCGUGCUGGGGAUGUGGUGCAGCUCCGCUGUGUAUCUGAUGGCCAUCCGCCUGUACGUUUCUUUCGCUGGCAGAAGGAGUGUCCAUCCGACUCGAUGUCUCUCUGCCCCGGUCUCUCUCAAUGUUCGGUCUCCGCUGCAGUGGAAGAUGCUGCUUGUAACUAUAUCUGUUCUGCGAGGAACUCCGUGGGAGUAAAGGACUCCGAUCCUGUACGACUGAAUAUCCAGUAUGCGCCGACCAGUGUCCAAAUCACACACCCACAGAUAGUUCGUGCUGGGGAUGUGGUGCAGCUCCGCUGUGUAUCUGAUGGCCAUCCGCCUGCACGUUUCUUUCGCUGGCAGAAGGAGUGUCCAUCCGACUCGAUGUCUCUCUGCCCCGGUCUCUCUCAAUGUUCGGUCUCCGCUGCAGUGGAAGAUGCUGCUUGUAACUAUAUCUGUUCUGCGAGGAACUCCGUGGGAGUAAAGGACUCCGAUCCUGUACGACUGAAUAUCCAGUAUGCGCCGACCAGUGUCCAAAUCACACACCCACAGAUAGUUCGUGCUGGGGAUGUGGUGCAGCUCCGCUGUGUAUCUGAUGGCCAUCCGCCUGUACGUUUCUUUCGCUGGCAGAAGGAGUGUCCAUCCAACUCGAUGUCUCUCUGCCCCGGUCUCUCUCAAUGUUCGGUCUCCGCUGCAGUGGAAGAUGCUGCUUGUAACUAUAUCUGUUCUGCGAGGAACUCCGUGGGAGUAAAGGACUCCGAUCCUGUACGACUGAAUAUCCAGUACGGCCCGAGAAACGUGGAGAUUAUUUCAGUGGAUACAGUGACGGAGGGGACCGAGAUCACACUAACAUGUCGCAGCGAAGCCUAUCCCAAGGUUAAUAGGUACAGCUGGAGGAAAAUGUGCAACGGAAAGCGGACACGUCUGCAAAGAUAUUCCUCCUCAGUUCAGAUUCAAAUGACCAGGGAUGAUGCAUCUUGCAGCUACAUCUGUACAGCGCGGAAUUCUGUCAGCUUCGGGGAUUCUAAACCCAAACACAUUAAUAUACAGUAUGCCCCACGAGAUGUUACCGUCGUUCGCUUUGGGCCACAGCGAGAUGUGAAGGAUGGAGACCGGGUGACCCUGACCUGUAACUCCAGGAGUAAUCCGGAAGCUGUUUACACCUGGUUUAAGGACAAUGUGAACAGAGCAGCUCACAAGGGGACAGGGAAAGUCCUGACCAUUCGCUCCAUCAGCCCAACGCAUUCUGGAGAUUAUUACUGCAAAGCGGAAAACCAAUUUGGAAACUCCACCUCAAACAGCUUCAGGAUCGAGGUGCUCUACGGCCCAAGAAACGUGGAGGUUUUUUCAGUGGAUACAGUGACGGAGAGGACCGAGAUCACUCUAACAUGUCGCAGUGAAGCCAAUCCCAGGCCGAAGAGUUACAGCUGGAUCAAAAUGUGCAACGGACAGCGGACAGAUCUGGAAUGGAAUAGCGCUUCAGUUCGGAUUGUAACAACCAGAGAUGAUUCAUCUUGUAGCUACAUCUGUACAGCGCGGAAUUCUGUCAGCUCCGGGGAUUCUAAACCCAAACACAUUAAUAUACAGUAUGUGCCAAGAGAUUUUAAGAUUUGGAAGAGUGUGAAUGGUGACAGUAAGAGAGACCUAACUGCAGUGAACGAGGGAGAUACUGUGAAUAUUAGCUGUAUCAGUCAGAAGAGUGACCCUGCAGUCUCAGGCUACAGCUGGUACAGCCACUCUCAGAACAAGCGAGUCGACGGAAACAUCCUGCUGUUUGAAAGCAUCAGCAAGCCAGAGAGUGGAGAUUAUCAGUGCGAGGCAAGAAACAACAUUGGGGCAGGGAACUCAGAGACCAUUACCAUCAGGGUCCAGUAUGCGCCGACCAGUGUCCAAAUCACACACCCACAGAUAGUUCGUGCUGGGGAUGUGGUGCAGCUCCGCUGUGUAUCUGAUGGCCAUCCGCCUGUACGUUUCUUUCGCUGGCAGAAGGAGUGUCCAUCCGACUCGAUGUCUCUCUGCCCCGGUCUCUCUCAAUGUUCGGUCUCCGCUGCAGUGGAAGAUGCUGCUUGUAACUAUAUCUGUUCUGCGAGGAACUCCGUGGGAGUAAAGGACUCCGAUCCUGUACGACUGAAUAUCCAGUAUGCGCCGACCAGUGUCCAAAUCACACACCCACAGAUAGUUCGUGCUGGGGAUGUGGUGCAGCUCCGCUGUGUAUCUGAUGGCCAUCCGCCUGUACGUUUCUUUCGCUGGCAGAAGGAGUGUCCAUCCGACUCGAUGUCUCUCUGCCCCGGUCUCUCUCAAUGUUCGGUCUCCGCUGCAGUGGAAGAUGCUGCUUGUAACUAUAUCUGUUCUGCGAGGAACUCCGUGGGAGUAAAGGACUCCGAUCCUGUACGACUGAAUAUCCAGUAUGCCCCACGAGAUGUUACCGUUGUUCACACUGAGCCACAGCGAGAGGUGAAGGAUGGAGACCGGGUGUCCUUGAACUGUAACUCCAGGAGUAAUCCGGAAGCUGUUUACACCUGGUUUAAGGACAAUGUGAACAGAGCAGCUCACAAGGGGACAGGGAAAGUCCUGACUAUUCGCUCCAUCAGCCGAACAGAUUCUGGAGAUUAUUACUGCAAAGCGGAAAACUGGAUUGGAGCCUCCACCUCAAACAGCUUCAGGAUCGAGGUGCUCUACGGCCCAAGAAACGUGGAGGUUUUUUCAGUGGAUACAGUGACGGAGAGGACCGAGAUCACACUAACAUGUCGCAGUGAAGCCAAUCCCAGGCCGAAGAGUUACUGCUGGAUCAAAAUGUGCAACGGACAGCGGACGGAUCUGGAAUGGAAUACCGCUUCAGUUCGGAUUGUAACAACCAGAGAUGAUGCAUCUUGUAGCUACGUCUGUACAGCGCGGAAUUCUGUCAGCUCCGGGGAUUCUAACCCCAAACACAUUAAUAUACAGUAUGCGCCAACCAGUGUCCAAAUCACACACCCACAGAUAGUUCGUGCUGGGGAUGUGGUGCAGCUCCGCUGUGUAUCUGAUGGCCAUCCGCCUGUACGUUUCUUUCGCUGGCAGAAGGAGUGUCCAUCCGACUCGAUGUCUCUCUGCCCCGGUCUCUCUCAAUGUUCGGUCUCCGCUGCAGUGGAAGAUGCUGCUUGUAACUAUAUCUGUUCUGCGAGGAACUCCGUGGGAGUAAAGGACUCCGAUCCUGUACGACUGAAUAUCCAGUAUGCCCCUCGGAACAUGAAGGUGUUGAUCACUCCAUUGAACAGUACGAUAAACGAAGGUGACAAUAUCACCCUGAGCUGUACCAGUGACAGCAACCCGCCACCCAGCUGGUACAAAUGGACACGGAGAAAGGGAGAGGAGACUGAGGCUCUGGAAUCGUCUGAGAGAGACCUGACCUUGUACAGAGUCACUCGCAAACAGGAGGGUGUGUACUCCUGCCAGGCGGGGAACACCGUCGGUGCCAACAGAUCAGAGGAAUGCAGGAUAGAGAUUAGGAAAAGCUCAUUUGGACUCAUAAUUGGAAUUUGCAUGGCACCGCUGGCCUUCAUAAUCACAAUGGUUUUAGUGAUUGUGUGUUACAGAAGGAAACAGAAUACGUGUGAUUGUAGCAGCCAACAACGCACUGAAGGAACAAACACUGCACACAGUGUGGUCAUGAAACAUAUCCAGGUGAAGGAGAAGACGGUCUAUGAAAAUAUGGUGAUGACCGAGUGCACGGACUCUCAGAGACACUCCGCACCAGACGGAUGUGUGGAGUAUGCGACCAUUAACUUUGCGAGCAGCUCCCAGAUGCCGGCGGGGCAGAAGCAAACAGGAGCGGCGUGGGGGAAAGGGAAGAAAGUUCUAAGAACAAGUUCUGACAACGAUCCCAUAGUUGUUUACAGCUUGAUAAAGAAGGCAUCAUCUCAGGUGAACGAGACGAACGUCUAUGAAAAUAUGGUGAUGACCGGGCGCACGGACUCUCAGGCGCACUCCCCGCCAGACGGAUGUGUAGAGUAUGCAACCAUUAACUUUGUGAGCAGCUCCCAGACCCCAGGGGGGCAGAAGCCAAGUGGCUCGUGUCAGAAAGAGUUUGUGAGAGAGAAACUUCCAGAGACUGCAGACAGAAGGCUGUGA